AGUCUGUGCCAUGACCCUCAUGGUACGCUAGCUGCAUCAGAGAAUUCCAGCCUGAGUGAUCUCACAGGGCUCAGCUGGACCAAGGGAGUUAGUGGAGAUACACAGUGAACACAACUGUCAUAGCAAAUCUAAGAGGGAUGUUUAUUCCAUGGACCAUUCAGCAUUUUGAAGACAAAGAAUUUGUAUGCCAUCCCCUUCUUCCCCCGCACAUUUGUGCCAAGACGGGCGUCUCACAUCAGGCCAAUGAAUAGCAGGUCUGUUUCAGCAGCUGUGCUCCCCUACCCAGAGGAAUCAUUAUAGAAUUCCUGGGACUGCAGAGUCCCAAGCUACUGUGCAGUCUGCAGAAGGCUGCGAAGAGACCUAAGGGCAAAAGGAUGGCAUCAGAAGGGGAAAUCAUCAACCUUCAAGUGGGGAAUCCUGGCUCAAGGAGGGACAAUCCAAUCAACAUCAACCACUAUGCGACUAAGAAGAGUGUGGCAGAAAGCAUGCUGGAUGUGGCGCUGUUCAUGGCCAAUGUCACACAACUCAAAGCGGUGCUGGAGCAGGGGGUUUCAUUCCAGUAUUAUGCCACCCUGAUAUCGCUCAUCAGUAUCUCUCUGUUCUUCCAGGUGCUGAUUGGAAUUCUUCUUAUCAUCAUUGCUCGGCUGAACCUGAACGACGUGUCAAAGCAGCAGCGCCUGAAUGUGCUCAAUAAUGCUGCCACGGCUCUGAUCUUCAUCACCGUCAUUCUCAACAUCUUCAUCACUGGCUUUGGUGUGCAGAAGACUGGUCUCUACCCUACCAGGAGACGUUACUGAGGCCUGGAGAGCAAGGGAAUCAGGUUGUGUGUGUGGCCGAGCUUUAGGGUCCCUUCCUUCAAUUUUUUUACUGACGACAGCAGACUCCUACCAGCUGAGUGGAGACAGAGAAUUCCUGAAUUAAUCUUUAACAAUUGUGUGCCAAGUAUUUUAGGCAGGUUGUUUGGGUAGCUUUGCAGGAGUGAAAUUGCCAUUGAUUUUUCAAAGCUGGUGCAAGUUGUGCAGUGAUUUCUAGAGAGCUUCAUAAAAAAGUUGCAAAAAAAAGCAUUUUCCAAACAUGCUCCUGUGCAUAGGUAACCGCACCUUCUCUCUGAUUUUAAUUGUCUGCUUCUCAUAUUCAAUAUUAACUAAUUUUCUACAGGGGCCUGAGUUCUAGGCUCAGUUAUAUUUAUCUGGUAAGCAAAAGUAACCAUACCGUGUCCAGAUAUUUUGUAACUGGCAAUAUUUAAAGUAACACUAUCAAACAGCUUAUGUUGCAAAUAUAGGUUGGUUGAUUGUUUUUGUGGGAGGGAAGGAGCGGGGUGAGUGUUACAAUGACUAAUAGGAAAACAAAUGUUUUCAAGGUUGUUUAAAAAAAUCAAAUGAGAUGCUUUUUUGAAAACCAUUAAACAUUCCUCUGCAGUGCAGGAAACCUAAACCCCACAGCAAAUAGAUACUAUGCUUAGAUACCACCACAAGGACCUUGUUAGAAAUCCUCUAUGGAUAACAUAGGGGUACUGCAGGAGAAAUAGGAACUGAAUCUAACUAAACACAGAAAGUGAAACAGACCAGUCUAGCUUCACUUGUCUAUAUUAACUAAGGUGCAAAAAGUAAACAAACAGCAUACACACGUUCAAGAGUAAACUGGGUUUAAAACCUUUUUCGGUGUUACACUGUAAUUUAAGGUGUUAUCAGUAACAGGUAUGUUAUUAAAUACAUGAUUUUUAUCGUACUAGUCCUGAUGAGAAUUCUACUGUAUUGGAAAGUGGUUUUACUUUUUUUUUUUUUUUUUUAAAUUACUGCUUUGAGGUUGUGUAUCUUCAAAUCAUUCUGAAUUAGCAGGUUCUUUCUGGCAGCCUGAUUUUUGGAUUAUUGGUGUCACACUCAAAAAUUGGAUAUUUUUGACUUGUCGGUUAUUUGCAUACUUGAGUACUAUGUUUUCCUGUUUAUUAAAUGAUUUUUCACUCAAAGGCAGAGCCAGAUUUCAAUACAGGUGAAAUCCUGUGUAUCCAAUAAACUGAUAGAAAAUUCCUAA